GUGCCGGAGGAGGAGCCGCAGGUCUCUCGCCUGUGAGCGAAUCUCAGCGUCUCCGCGAGUCGGCGCGUUUUGGCCCCGGGGGAGGGGCAGGGCUAGACAACAAAAGCAUCUGUCAAGCUCAAUUUGUAUUGAAACUAUCCUCAGUGUCCAUGUGUCCUCUUUGAUCCCUGGACAUCUGUGCCACCUGAAUUCGGGAGCAGCUUGACCAGAAGGUUCUGGCUGAGAAGUUUCAGAAGGUUGAAAGAGGAUAUCAAUUGCAGCCACAUCAUCUGAAGGCCUCUGCGCAGGGUUGCCUGAUGCUACAUGGGAAUAGGCUUCCUCUAGAACAGCUGUCCAGAAGACCAAGGUUGAAGCUGCAGUGCCUUCCAGGACCUGUCUUCAGAAGUCCCCUCCACUGUUCUGGUGGUUACCCAGAGUGCUGUCCUAAGUGUCCCGUGGGAGUAAAAGGAGCAGUGUCCCGGUUCUCCCACUGUCCUGUUCUUCAGGAAAUUUUGCUGUUGCAGUCCUAGGAUGGCAGCCAUUGUCCUGCCCCCCACUUGUGCUCAGUCCUCCCUGUUCCCAUCCUCUCAGCCAAAACGAUGCACAGAAGAGCGAGGGCUGGUUAAUGAGUUUCUGACAAGCUGGUUGCAGGACUUGGUGACCUUUGAGGAUGUGGCCGUGGAGUUCACCCAGGAGGAGUGGGCAUUGCUGGGCCCUUCUCAAAGAACUCUGUACAGAGACGUGAUGCUGGAGAACUGUAGGAACCUGGCCUCACUUGGAUGUCCUGUUGAUAAACCCAAUCUGAUAACCCAGUUGGAACAAGAAGACAAGAUGAUGACAGAGGAGAGAAUUCUCCAAAGCACCUGUCCAGAUUUGGAAACUCUACUUAAAGCCAAAUGGCUAACUCCUAAGAAGCAUGCUUUUAGAAAAGGACAGUCUAAAAGUAUAAAAGCGGAAAGAUGUCAUCGUGGAGUGAAACUCAAUGAAUGUAAUCAGUGUUUUAAAGUCUUCAGCACAAAAUCUAACCUUACUCAGCACAAGAGAAUUCAUACUGGAGAAAAACCCUAUGACUGUAAUCAAUGUGGAAAAUCCUUCAGCAGUAGAUCUUACCUUACCAUUCAUAAGAGAAUCCAUAAUGGGGAGAAGCCCUACGAGUGCAACCACUGUGGAAAAGCAUUUAGUGAUCCCUCAUCCCUUAGACUGCAUGUGAGAAUUCACACCGGAGAAAAGCCCUAUGAGUGUAACCAGUGUUUUCAUGUCUUCCGUACUAGCUGUAACCUCAAAAGCCACAAGAGAAUUCAUACAGGAGAGAAUCACCAUGAAUGUAAUCAGUGUGGAAAGGCUUUCAGCACAAGGUCCUCCCUUACAGGGCAUAAUAGCAUUCAUACAGGGGAGAAACCCUAUGAGUGCCAAGAUUGUGGGAAAACUUUUAGGAAGAGUUCCUAUCUCAUACAGCACAUGAGAACCCAUACUGGGGAAAAACCCUAUGAGUGUAAUGAGUGUGGAAAAUCCUUCAGCAGUAGCUUUUCUCUUACUGUGCACAAGCGAAUACAUACUGGAGAGAAACCCUAUGAAUGCAGUGACUGUGGGAAAGCCUUUAAUAACCUCUCAGCUGUUAAGAAACAUGUAAGAACUCACACUGGAGAAAAACCCUAUGAAUGUAAUCAGUGUGGAAAAUCUUUCACAAGUAACUCUUAUCUUUCUGUGCAUAAGAGACUGCAUAAUAGGUGGAUAUGAGUUUCUACAGAAAAGCACUUUGUAUUCUCUCAUCCCUGAGACAACUUGAGAGAACAUACUCUGGAUGUGUGAAUUAUCUAUUGCUGCAUAACAAAUUAUCCCCUGAAACUUUGUCUCUUUGAAGAACAAACAUUAUCUCAUUAUUUCUGUCAGGUCAUGAAUUUGGCAACUGCUUUAACUCUGUAUUUCUGGUUCGGAAUCUCCAGUGAGGUUACAUUGAAGAUGUCAGCCAGAGCUGCAGUCAUCUGAAAGCUUCACUCAUGAAGGAUUCACUUCCAUGUGGCUCCUUUACAUGUUAGUGCUAGUUGUUGACAGGGGCCUUCAGUUCCUCACCACAUGGGCCUCUCCACAUGGCUUAGUAUCAUUACAGUGUGUCAGCAGGUUCCCCCAAGAACACACAAUACAAGAGAGGGCCCAUGCAGAAAUCACAGUGUCUUGUAUGGCCUAGCUUCAGAAGGACAUACUUUCACUUCCAUAAUGUAUUGGUCCGGCAGACCAAUCCUGAUACAGUAUGGGAGAAGAUUAUACAAGAUAGGAAUACCAAGAGACCAUGAUCACUGAGAACCAUCUGGAAGAUUUGCCAUGAAAUUAAUGAAGAAAUGCCUUAGCAAACUUUUAUCCUUUUAAGCUAAUCAGUAUGAAAUAGUAUUUAAUAACUUCUUUAUUGAAUUCACUCUGGAGAGACACUAUGUGAGUAUAAUCUGUGUGGUAAAACUUUUAACUCAGACUCUCACCCUUAUUUGCAUAGAAGAUUAUAUGCUGGGAAAAAAAAUGUGAAGAAUGGAAUAGCUGUAGGAAAGCCUUUAGUGAUAUCUCCAGGGAGUCACCUGACAGCACAUACUAAGUGAGAAACACGAAGGUCAUCAAAAUUCAGAAGGCUUCAGUGACACCAUCUUUUAAAAAGCACAUGGAAUAUCACCCAUCAUAGGAAAGCUCAUAUAAGAAAUAAGGAAAACCCUACAGCAAAAGUAUUCACAGUAUUGAGAGAAGGAUAGUUAAGUAUUCUCACAGAAGUGACUAUGGGAAGCCUUGAAUGGUCUCUUAAUUUGUAGAGAUGUAAGAAUUUAUUCUGGAAAGAAAUGUCAUGUCAUCAAUAUUGGAAAGCCUUCUAGUUUUCCACUUUCAGUAGGAAACUUGUCUGAAUUUGCACUGCAACGAAACUUUGAAUAUAAAAAACAGCCUUCAAUGAUGCCUGUACAUUAGGAAAAAUAUGAAAAUUUUCCUUGGGUGAACUUAAGAGUAUUAAUUUUAGAAAAAAUUUAGUGAGGCUUCCCAAAGAUCUCUGAUUGACCUUUGGGGAGCAUCUGCUCUGGACCUCUUAUUCUUCUUUGUACAUCUGAGAGCUCAAACUGGAGGAAAGCCCUAGGAAUGUAACCAAUAUUAAGAUACUUCAGACUCAAUUCCUCACUGAGUGACCCCACAGUAAUUUAUACUAGGAAUGAAAAGUAUAAAUUUUAUGAGUUUGGGACUUCUUUAUCAAUGUCUAUAAGUUAGGCCACUAGUUAUUAAUUUCCAGCCUUUUUUUUUUUUUGAGAGUUUUUUGCUAUAGGGCACAUGCACUCACCAG